AUGAGAGGGACCAGGGCCAUCAGGACAGGCACAGGAAGGACCAGGGACAGCAGGACUGGUGGAGGAUCCAGAGGGACUGGGGGCUUGGGAGGGCCAGUGGGGAGCAGGGAUGCUGGGACGGGCACAGGUGGGGCCAGGAGGACCCGGGCACUGGGCUCACCCUGUCCCUGCGGCGUCACUCACGGCCGGGCAGCGGGUCCACUGGCGCUGGCACGGGACCUGCUGGCCGAGGGCGGGGAGCCCUUCUUUGUCCUCAACAGUGACGUGAUCUGCGAGUUCCCCUUCGCGGCGCUGGCCCAUUUCCACCGGCAGCACGGCGGUGAGGGCUCGCUGGUGGUGACCCGUGUGGAGGAGCCGGCCAAGUACGGCGUGGUGGUGAGCGAGGCCGACACCGGCCGCAUCUGCCGCUUCGUGGAGAAGCCGCGUGUCUUCGUGUCCAACAAGAUCAACGCCGGGCUCUACAUUUUCAGCCCUGGCAUCCUGCAACGCAUCCAGCUGCGCCCCACCUCCAUCGAGAAGGAGAUCUUCCCGGCCAUGGCGCAGGAGGGGCAGCUCUACGCCAUGGAGCUGCAGGGCUUCUGGAUGGACAUCGGGCAGCCAAAAGACUUCCUCACAGGCAUGUGCAUGUACCUGCAGGCGCUGCGGGCUCAGCACCCCGAGAAGCUGCACUCGGGGCCCGGUGUCGUAGGGAACGUGCUGGUGGACCCCAGCGCCAAGAUCGGGGCAAACUGCGUCAUUGGCCCCAACGUGACAAUCGGGGCCGGCGUGGUGGUGGAGGACGGGGUGCGCAUCAAACGCUGCACCGUGCUGAAGGGGGCCCGCAUCCGUUCGCACUCCUGGCUGGAGUCCUGCAUUGUGGGCUGGAGCUGCUCCGUGGGACAGUGGGUGCGCAUGGAGAAUGUGACAGUGCUGGGCGAGGAUGUCAUUGUCAACGACGAGCUCUACCUCAAUGGGGCCAACGUGCUGCCACACAAGUCCAUCGCCGAGUCCGUGCCAGAGCCGCGCAUCAUCAUGUAGCAGCCCCUGGUGGGCCCUGCACUCCCGGCUCUGCUUGGAUUAAAUAUUUAUAUUUCCAUCUA